ACUUGUCUCAUGGGCCAGUGCAAACCAUCCUUAUCCUUAUCUUCUUUCUCCCAUCCUUUCCUUUCUCGAGCUCUCUUCACCGCUGAUUAUAUCUCUCGCUGGCGAGGGGUUUCCCCAAGCUUUGCAGCACGCUACCAUGGAUCCGCCUCUUGCAAGCUCUGCUACGCAACUAGUACCACCUUCCCCCCAAGUGAACCCGAGAAGAGAGCUCCGCCGCUGUGAGACGGGGCGCCCGCUGCUGUGACGGCGGACGAGGUGCUUCGACGCUCGACGGCAAUGAUGCUGCGAAAGUCUGCGGCGGGGAUUGCUCCGAGUCCAUCGGAGUUGCUACAACACUGGCGUUGCUGCGAGCCGCUGCUGUGAUUUGGCGCCGGCCGGCAAUGCUUGUAGGGGUCACCGAUCCGCAAGAGGUGCCCGUCGUCACGGGGGGCUACCGGUUAUGCUGCAACCACUUGUGAGGUCGUUGGAGCUGCUACAAGCAGUGUUGCGAUGGGUGGCAUCGCUGGAGGUGGUGUGGCGAGGAGCCGGGGAUGUCGGUGUGCCGCACGUAGAUGUUGUGACGGCUCCGCCGUGCUGAGACGACAUCUCGGCUGCGGCGAUGUUGCUGCGACGGCGGCUCAACUGCUGCGACUGAUACUGUGACGGUGGCUCGAGCUGCUCCGGCGGUGCUGCGACGACGGCUCGGGCUGCUCCGGCGAUGCUGCGACGGCUUGCGCCGUGCUUCGAGCCGGUGCUGCAACGGCGCCACCAUGCUAUGAGCCGGUACCGUGAGUGUGCCAGAGUUGUUGCCGGCGUUCUGCGUGCGAUGCCACCUAAGUUUGCUACGCAGGCGAGGAUGUGCGUGCGGCGUUCUGCGAUGAGAAGAAAGAAAAGAGUAGUCAUGUUACGUUGACUUCCAUCGAAUGGGUAGGGCGUGCAGAUCGUAUGGUUCAGAAGGCGGAUGCCGUACGUGCAACCAAGCUUAGUAGUGUCUCAAAAGAAAAAGAUCUUCCGCACCUCCACGGCCUCUCACCGUCUCGCCCCGUCACUGCCGGGUGGGCCCAUUCAACCCGCGCUCCUAGCCGCUGGCUGGGAAUUUUUACACGCCGCGGGGUCGGGACUGAACCGGCGGCCGCAAAAUCAAAAACUUCGUGCGCACCGCACACCACCCGCGACCGCGGAGGCGGAGCUUUCAAAUCCCCCGCCUCUGCUUCUUAUUCCCUCCCCGUCUCCAAAUUUUCGGCGAAAUUUUCCAUUCCCCCACCCGCCCUUCACUUCCCUUCACCCGUCGCUCUCAGCCCCGCAGCGCUAGCUAGGGUUGGGAUCGAUUUGGGGCCUAGGGUUAGGUCAGUUUCCCCAUGGCGGCGGCGGCGGCGGCGGAGGGGUCCGGGGCAGAGGGCCGCGGCGAGGCCGCCGGCGGCGGCAGGCGGCAGCAGCAGCAGGGGCUGGCGGAGCGCCGGAUGCUCCGGUCCCAGUACCACGCCAUGAAGACCCUCAUCAACGAGGAGAGGGAUGACAUGGCGAAGGAGGACUCCGACAAGUUCGCCUCCAUCAUCACGCAGGUGGAGAGCUUGCACGAGCAAGUGCAGAGACCCAGGGAGCAAGUAGCGGAUGCAGAGGCUCUGCUAGAUAUUACAACCACGCUGGUAAAAUCCGUGAGGUCCCAGUCAAGUGAAGGAAUCACACCUUCUGAUUUCGUAACAGCAUUGCUGAAGAAAUUUGGGCAGCAAGCAACCCUUGAUUCCGAGCCUGUCUCGUUGCGCUGGGCUGAUGUUGGGCUUUCUGCUUCACAUGUCUUCAGGGCUGCGCCUGGAUGCUGCACCAUGCUUGGACCCAUGGAUACAGAAGUAAAGCAGCGGAAGCUUUCAGUUGUUAGUAGAAAAAGAAGUGCCAGGCCAACUGAAAAUACUUGUCCUGAAGAGCUUGCUGAUUCUUCUGAGGGAGCAAAGACAGACACUGACCGGAAUGUGACUGUUGUAUUUGAUAUCCUGAGGAAAAAUAAGCGUGCGAGGCUGGAGACCCUUGUUUUGAACAGACAAUCAUUUGCCCAAACGGUUGAGAAUGUUUUUGCAUUGUCUUUCCUAGUUAAAGAUGGCAGGGUGGCAAUAAACAUUGAUGACAAUGGGCACCAUAUAGUCUAUCCACGAAAUGCACCUGCUGCUAGUGCCAUAGCGUCAGGAGAAGUGUCCUACAGCCAUUUUGUUUUCAGAUAUGAUUACAGAGAUUGGAAGCUUAUGAAAGAAGUCGUUCCUGAAGGGCAAGAACUGAUGCCGCACAGGACCGCGCACAGCCUCUCUUCUGAAGAGCGAGAACAGCUGGAGCCGUGUGCGCAACGAACACCGAUAAGGAAACUUUGCCGGAACCGGGGUUUGGUUCUUCAGGAGCAGAUGGUUGUUGCAGAGACACCCGAGGAGGACAGAAGCUCCAAACGCAAGCGUCUAUUCAUAGAUCAGUAGUGAUCAUGCCUGCUUGAAAUGCCUUGUGCCGCGGUCUACGCUGUGUCUGUAUGUAGGAGGUAUUUGCCUGAUUAACGUACCCAUUGUAGAACAAGGUGUGCCAUAGCACCGCUUGUGCUAGUUCUUACCUUGAGACGAGAUUCCUCCGGGAGAGGAAAGAGGGCAAUAGAAAUGUAAGCUCAAUAGAAAUGCUACUGUAGUUCUUUAGAUCAGUCGGCUUAAAUAAUGUUCUUGGAAUCGGACUUGUAUAAUGUCGCUCAGAGUAAUAUGCUUGUGCUGAUAGAGAAAAAGAAAAGGUUUGCUUCUAGCUGAGCCAAAGUUCCUAUUCA